AUGGACACAAGUAUGACUCCAACAGUUGGUCUUGAAUUUGAUGAUCUAGAAGAGGCAUGGCAAUAUUGGAUUGACUAUGGUGGAAGAAUAGGAUUCAGUGUUAGAAAGCAAAACUCUAAUAAGAGCAAGAAGGAUGAUUCUAUCAUAUAUUGCAAAUAUGUUUGUUCCAAGGAGGGAGUGAAAAAAGCAGAUAAAAGAGACUUUAAAACUAAGAAGCCUCGAAAGGAAACAAGAACAGGGUGUGAAGUGAAAAUGAUAAUUAAAAAGGUGAAUGAAAGAUUUAGAGUUAGUGAACUAUUUUUGGACCAUAAUCACCCUUUAGAGCCCCCAGAGACUAUUCAUUUAUUAGCAUCACAAAGGAGAUUACCGAAAGCACAAGGCUAUGCUUUGGAGGUUGCUGAAGAUACGGGGAUUAAGCAAAAAGCCUCUUUUAAUUUAAUGAGCAAAUAUGCAGGAAGGAGGGCUAAUUUGGGGUAUACCAAAGAGGAGGUAAAGAGUUAUCUAAGAUCAAGGAGGCAACGAGACAUGAUCUAUAGUGAAGCUGGGUUUUUACUUCGCUAUUUCCAACAACAAUUGACAGAAAAUCCUUCAUUUUUUCAUGCUUAUCAAAUGGACUCAGAAGAGCAGAUAACUAAUGUGUUUUGGGCUGAUGCACAUAUGUUGAUAGAUUAUGAUUGUUUUGGGGAUGUCAUUUUAUUUGAUACAACAUACUCUACAAAUCGUGACAACAGACCACUUGCCAUUUUCUCAGGUUUCAACCAUUACAGAGAAGUAGUGAUAUUUGGUGUUGCUUUAUUAUAUGAUGAGACUAUUGAGUCUUUUAAAUGGCUUUUUGAAACCUUUUUACAAGCACAUAAGCAAAAAAUGCCAUUUACUAUGUUUACUGACUAA